AUGGCGUUUGACGCCGAGGUUCCCUGCAAUGUUACUAAGACUUCGGAACGUCACGAACGCCCCCUCACAUGUGUUUGGUUGUUAAACUGGAAGCCGACGUGGCGGAGUGGAAUGCUCAAACACGGUGGGCUGAGCGUUUCCGAGGAAGCUGGGGCCAAACCUACAGGGAAGAUUUCGACCCUCUCCGCCACUGUCUACGUAGCCCAUCUUGUUGAGGGAGCAUUCGGCGAAAAGCCGGACCCGGAGGUUAUUCGAAGUCCAAUUCCUUCCGGUGUCAUCUCCAUUGUCAUGCGAGGAUGCAGAGAAUUUGAUGUCUCAAUGCAAUCCCUGGAGCCUUCGAGAAAUCGAACAGUCGAGGCUUGCGACAUUAAUUCUCCAGAUGACAGAUUCGCCAUCAUCGGCGUGCAGGACUGUUGUCAGCCGAGUCUGGCACCGGAGCACUAG